UGAAACCGCAUCACCAAUGUCAAUUUAAGCACACAGGAUUAGUCUGCCAUGUUUACUUGGACAUGGUUAGAACAAAUGAUAUAACUGAGCAACAUAAACUGCCCCCCCCCCCCCCAACGAUUGAAGAAACUUCACAGCGCAUUUGCAUAUUUCACUGGGACUCCAAUGAAAUGCGGAGCUACGCUUAAACAAUAGAAUGAAGAAAAGAUGGGAGUCACUGAGAAUGGAGCGCGGGGUUAAGUUGGGUUUUCAAAUGUCUCACUGGGGGCUGAGGAGUCCUUGGCUCCUGCACUCCUCUGCAAAUUGUUCCCACGGUCACUGUACUGUCUCGCUGCAGCAGAGAUCUGGGAGCAGGUAUUGCGUUCCGUGGGUGAUGCGUGAGUCUCACCGGGCCAGGUUGUGCAUAAAACCACUUUGGUCCCUUCUCGCGGGACAGAGGGAUGCGAAAGUAGGUGGGCCCCAUCACUCAAGGUUGCUGCCAGUGCUCCUCGCAACUUUUGAAAUCAAUCUACCCCCUCUUUUUUUUUUUUUCCUUUUGCAUCAUGCAACGGAUGCCACCGUUCCUUGGGUUUGCAACCCCCCACCCCUCCCCCGAGACCAAUCAUUGCCGCGCUCGGGCCUCUGCACAGCGCCCCCGCCCCCUUCCCGGGCCGCACGCAGCCACCACGACCGCCGCCGCCACUGCCACCAGCAACACGGAGCCGCUCCGGCCACCGGCCCGCCGCCUUAAAGGGAGGUGGCCGCUCUUAAAGGGACCCUCGCGCGCCCGGCCGGAGGGAGCGCGGCGGUCCGGUUCCCGGAGGGCCGCGCCCAGCCUAGGCCGAGCUCCACGCGGCGUCCAAGCGCGGGGCCGUGCCGCCGCCACCGGGAGCAGCAUUUUUAUUCAGGCGACGCUUAAGGGAGCCCGGCGCGCCCGGUGCAUUGUGGGAGCGCCGCGGCCCGUUUUCGGGAGGAGGCGGAGGGCGCAAAGCGAGCCGGUGGAUCACAAGUAGAAAGCCCAGUGGAUCAAGAGAGAGGGAGGGGAGGGGCUGAACUGUGAAGAGUGCAGCGGCAGAACCAUGUCUACUCGGGAGUCCUUUAACCCGGAAACCUAUGAAUUGGACAAGAGCUUCCGGCUAACCAGGUUUACUGAACUGAAAGGCACAGGCUGCAAAGUGCCCCAAGAUGUCUUGCAGAAAUUGCUGGAAUCUUUACAAGAGAACCACUUCCAAGAAGAUGAGCAGUUUCUGGGAGCUGUUAUGCCUCGACUUGGCAUUGGGAUGGAUACUUGCGUCAUUCCUUUGCGGCAUGGUGGUCUUUCCUUGGUUCAAACCACAGAUUACAUUUAUCCAAUCGUCGAUGACCCUUACAUGAUGGGCAGGAUAGCAUGUGCCAAUGUCCUCAGUGACCUCUAUGCAAUGGGUGUCACAGAAUGUGACAAUAUGCUGAUGCUCCUUGGAGUUAGUAAUAAAAUGACUGACCGGGAGAGGGAUAAAGUGAUACCGCUAAUUAUCCAGGGUUUUAAAGAUGCGGCAGAGGAAGCGGGAACCUCUGUCACGGGCGGCCAAACAGUAUUAAACCCCUGGAUUGUUCUGGGAGGAGUCGCCACAACCGUCUGCCAGCCCAAUGAAUUUAUCAUGCCAGAUAAUGCAGUGCCAGGGGAUGUGCUGGUAUUGACAAAACCCCUGGGGACACAGGUUGCAGUCGCUGUGCACCAGUGGCUGGAUAUUCCCGAAAAAUGGAAUAAAAUUAAGCUAGUGGUCACCCAAGAAGACGUAGAGCUGGCAUACCAAGAGGCAAUGAUGAACAUGGCCCGGCUCAACAGGACAGCUGCAGGCCUCAUGCACACGUUCAAUGCCCACGCAGCCACUGACAUCACAGGCUUUGGGAUUCUGGGCCAUGCACAGAACCUGGCCAAGCAACAGAGGAACGAGGUGUCGUUUGUCAUUCACAAUCUUCCUGUGCUUGCGAAGAUGGCCGCCGUGAGCAAAGCCUGUGGAAACAUGUUCGGUCUGAUGCAUGGGACCUGCCCGGAGACAUCAGGAGGCCUGCUAAUCUGUCUACCACGUGAGCAAGCAGCUCGGUUCUGUGCAGAGAUAAAGUCCCCCAAAUAUGGCGAAGGCCACCAAGCAUGGAUUAUUGGGAUUGUAGAGAAGGGCAACCGCACAGCCAGAAUCAUCGACAAACCUCGGAUUAUUGAAGUUGCACCUCAAGUAGCCACGCAAAACGUGAACCCCACACCUGGUGCCACCUCCUAAUCGAGUCAGAAAUAGCUAUUUGAUUUUGUUUUUAAAUAGAUUUAUUUCCUUUAUCGUCACUUCAAUUAAAGACUCUAAGAACAACAAAUCUCAUUGUGUCUACACAUCUGGUGACCCUAGGUCGGUUUAUGAGUGGAUACAGUCAAUAAAAUGAAAUCCAUGGCCUUCUUUUCCUGUUCCAUUAACUGAAGAUGCACCCAACCUCCAGGCAGCUUCUGAGUUGAGAAUGAUAUUGUUAUCCAAUACUGUUGAUUCAUUUUGAAUCUUUAGCUGCGUAUCUUGCCGCAUAGGCGCUCUCUAAAGGUGCUUUCUGCCACACGGGCGUUGCGGAGAGGAGUGCCUGCCUCUAGCCUGUGUCUUCUCAUUUCCACCUGUCAGAUCAGUCUGCUCUGUUUUCAAGUGUCUCGGUUGACAUUCUAGAAAGACAGGAUUGGUAAGUCACUUGACGGUCCUCCCCGUAGUCAGAGGGUUGCAUGGCUCCUUUGAGUGUUUGAUUUGUAAGGUUGAGGCUAAUAACUCGGGGGCAUUUCCUUAUUCAGUAGCUCACUCAGUUCAGUAUGGCAGGUGCUUUGCUUGGCAUGGAAAGCACUUGGAAUACAAAAAAGAAAUGUUCUUUUAAAACAAAGCUUUCCUGAGACUUGCAGUAAUACCAUUAAUGGUCUUUACCAAUAGGAAAAAGGAUACCUUUUGCAAUGUUCUAUAGUUGUUCUAUAGUGCGACCAGGAACUGCCUUCUGAUAGGGGGUUCAUGUAUAAUAUUCAUUUAUAAUUCAAUAUCUAAUUUACUUCGCAAAUAAUUUUUAAAUAUAAUCAAUAAUAAAGACUGUUCUGUGGAUGGUAGUGUUUAAUACAUUUUAUAUUUUGUAUAGUGAUUCCAGGCCUCUUGUUUAAAUCAGCAGCUCUUUAGCCCGAUUCUUAGCACCAUUUUGUCUUUGCGCCCAUACUUCUUUGUGCACGCCUUUUGUGAUUUGUUAAAAACCUGCAUUGCCAACAUUGCAGCUCCAACAGAAAAGUUGUUAUUCAAAUAAAUAUUUAAUUUUUUUAAUUGCUCUUGUAUAAUCAGAUGCCCUUUUUUAGUAUUAUUUUAGAAGCAUUUGGGAGGGUUUUGCCUAAAAUACAAUUUAUUGGGGAAAACUAGAUUUUAGUUUUAUAAACUUUUAAGUCUUUCAUGGGACCUAUAUUUUCUUGAAUUAAAUUUUGUAGUUCUAGAACAAAUAGGCAAUCUACAAAGGUGUUACCUGUGUUUCUUAAAAACAGGCUUCCUUGUCUUCCUUAUCUGCUAAGCAGCUGGGGGAUUCCCGUCUUUAAGCACAAGGGCUCUGGGUCCUCAAACGCCUGUCUUCAAAAGAGAAAAAAAGCACCACGUCUUCAGGUUUCACAGGGCUUCCUACUAACAGGCCCCAAAGCUGAGCUUUGUAAACUCAUCCAACCUCGCUCCUCAACACGGAAGGCCCGGAAACUGCCACUGGACCAGUGCAACUCUGAGAGGACAAGACUGUCGCAUGCUUGUGUCCCCCAGGAGCUGCAGGGUCUCCUGUAUGUUCCUGUCGCUGGAACUGAAGCCACCCACGAGUCUGGCUCCAACAGAGGAAACUGUCACAGAAGGACACUGAUUGGACACUAUAGGAAUCUAUAUGAUGUCAGUCCUUGAAAGUAUGCACCAGUGGUCUGCAAAAUAAAACGUGUUGGAACCUCUGAGUGCAGAAGGCAUACUGUUGGACUUACUUCUUUUUUUUUCCUUAAAUAGGUGAAAUUGCACCUAACUUUGUACAUUCUGUCCCCCAAAGCCAAUACUUUCUUGGUGGCAAGCCUGUUGGGAGGAAAUGAGGUGGUUAAUGUCCUGAGCAAAUCAUUUUAAAGAUUCAUAUGAGGAGAAAAUGCCAGGGACUUAGAUUCAUGGAUUCGUGAUCUAGGAACAGCCCUUGUCUUGACUAGUAUUUUCAGGGUGCUCAGAAACCCAUGCAUUAGAAUCACCUAGGCAUGUGUGGAGGCAUGCCUGCCCUUUCCCCAUACCCACAGAGUCAGUAGUUCUGGCUGUACAACCAGGUAAUCCAUCUCCAAAAUGUACCCUUCAGGGCUUUGCAUAAUAAACCUUGAGAACCAGUAAUCUCAAAGGAAUCUCAAAGGAAUGUUGGGGGGAGGUGUAAAAAGGGGCUGUCGGGGAUCACUUUAGUUUUAGCCAUUCCUUUUAUUUCUUGUGGCUGUGUGUGUAUGUGUGUGUGAGAAAGAGAGACUAUAAAGUUCCUUGACUCAAGUUUAGUAAGUUUGGCAGUCUACGUGAACUCUUGAUUUAUCCAGCAGUCACUCUUAGCCGACUUCUGGGACCAAUCUAAAAUUCUACACUGGAGAGCGCUCCUAAAGAAGCUGGGCCCGGCCAGUGUCAAGUCCUCUCAUAUAGCCCGAGUUCUGGCAAAGGAAUAUUAAAGUUGAGUAGGUUAUUUCUAUAGGCUGGGUUGAAGCAAUAACAUAUUUGUUCUUUUUGGCUCAGUAUUUUGAAAUAUCUAAGUCUUCCAAAUUCUGCAUGAGUUGUAAUGGAAGUGUUUUGAUCGUUCUGAUGCAUGAACGAGCCCCUUGCACCUGAGUUCAGCAUUGCCUUUAAAAUUGUUCUGUUUGGAGCUGUUAAGAUGGCUCAGUGGGUACAGUGGCUUGUCUCAAGCCUGAGUUCUGUCUGUCUCCAGAACCCAUGUGCAAAAAGUGACCUGCACGUACAUUGUGUGGUGUAUGUACUCAUGAACCUAGCAAUAAAUACAUUAACAGUUGUCAGCGUUCUAGAUCUUCAUUUAUUCUGUAGAAGCAGAAAUAAUAGCUAUGUGCUGUCUAUUUUUACAGAUGCUUAGCACAGGCAGGUGUUUGAGAGACCCGAGGAUGUGGAUGCGCACAGACACUGCCUGAGGUGCUCACACAACAUACUCCACUUUCCACAGCCACGUCUCUCAUUCUCAUUAAGAAUUCACAUAAGAAUUAUAGUCAUGAAACACCAGAGACCACAGUGAAAGUCCAGAGUCCUUUUGAAUGAGAGAAGAAGGUAGAUUAGACCAGCCAGCCCUGAGUCAAGUAACUUAGGAGCAUUUCUAGGCAUCCAGACAUGGUCAAGAACCACUGGAUGCCAAAUUUGCCGUACAAGAGAGUGAUUGUGGUUUGUCUGGUGAGUAUGGGGUACAUAGGUCUUGAUGCUUCUCUGUACAGUGUCCUAUACUUGAUAGACCUCACAUAUCAACACUAUUGGUGUUGGUUGUCCUUGCUAGGUCAUGCUGCCUUUAAAGGGAGUUUAAUUCCCAGGAGAGCAGCAUGUAACGAAGCCCACCAAACUAUGGAGCUGGGCCUAGUGACACAGGGCUGUAAUCCCACAUACUCAGGGGGCUGAAGCAAGAGGACAACACAUUCAAAGUCUGCCUGGGCUACCUAAUAAGGCCCUGCUUUGCUCUCCUCUAACACAGAGGAUUAAAAAGAAAUCCGAGAGUAUAGCUCAGUGGUGGAGUACUUGCUAGCAUUCACAAAGCCCCAGAUUUAGUCCACAGUACCAGCAAAACCAAACUUGGCGAAAGAUUAAUGUCAGUAAUUUACUGUAAUUACGAUGUGAUUGUAGGACUCCAUUAUUGUAUUUCAGGAAUAAAAACAUGUACUAUGUAGAAUGUAAUGUUUAUCACCCACGCAUAUUUUGCACAGUUUCAAAGCAAAAUUAUAUAAAAUUCGACGUCUAGGAUAUAUUCCUGGGUUUGGGUCCACUUUGAGAAAUAAAACUGUUGUAAUAGUUUGAA